AGUGACCAAUUUCCAUUCAUUAUUUUUCAUACUUCUAUCGGGUCCCCUCUUGUCUGUCUACUUUCUGAGGUAAACAAUCCCAGUCUUUUCAGUCUAUCUUCAUAGGAGAUUUUUUUCCAGGCCUUUCAUCAUUCUUGGUUCCCUUUGCUGAACAUGUUCCAAUUCAGCAAUGUCCUUUUGGAGAUGGGGUGACCAGUGUUACCCAGAUGAGGCCACACCAUUGAUUAGAUCAGGGCAUUGCGUUUUCAGCAUUAUUCUCCAUUCCAUUCUUUAUGCAUCCUAACGUCUUGUCUUUCAACUGCUGCGGCACACAGAGCAGAUUGUCACUGAGCUGUUUCCAAGGUUCUUUCUUGUAUUCCACUUUGCCUUGCUGAUUUAUCUUGCCCAGCUACCAGACCAGUGGGCUCUGGAGGCCAUGGGGAUGGGAGGAAAUUCCGGCAGAGGAAGCAGGUGCUGCAAAGCUCUUCCCCCAUUCUGCGGUAGCCCUCAGGGGACAGGAUGUGGAGGCAAUGAAGGAAAUACCCCAUUAAUGAAGAGAGCCAUUGCAGCUUGGGGAGGAUGUCAUUACCAGGGAAGGAAGGCCAGACUUCUUACUGGCUGAAGCAAGCAUAUUUUGCUUGUGUAGCAAGAUGGGCUGUGUCUGCAGUUUUGUUUUUCCUCUCCUGCCAGGGGCCAGUGGAAUUAGCCCCUUCCCUACUGUAAUCUGACAGGAUGGUUGGACUGUUUGGUUCCACUUGAUUGCAGAAGUGCAGCAUUUUGGGGAUAGGGGAGGGAGAAGGGGGCGGAUGUGUUAAUCUUCCAGUGCUGUUUCCUCCUCAGAUCCCCCAGUGUGCCAAAAUGCUGGUGAUCUGUAAUCCCACGCCAGCGCAUGGGACAACAUUCAUCCCUGGAGUAGUGCUGUUCAAGUCAAGCCCAGCAUAGGAAUUGUCCACAGGCACUGGACUCCUACAGUUCCAUGGGUCGCCCUGGAGCUUGUGCCCAUGUUCCCCAAAGCCCAGGUGUGGAGGGGCACAUGGUCAGCUGCACCUCCAUAUGCAGCUGGGUGCUCAUCUGGAUGGAGAUCUCCAGAUUGUUCUGGGUCAGAGAAGCCCCUGGCUCUGAGCAAUUCCUGGGCUCCAGUGAGGUGAGUUUGGGGAUGAAAGGGUGAUUUGGGCAUCCAAGGGCUGCCCCAGGGGCCCCCAAAUUAGUCAGGACAGAGGCAGGCCUAAGAGGGAGGGCCUCACGCAGUGAUGGCUCAGCAGCCCUGCAGUGUGUUCACCCUACGACAGUCUCCAAAGAGGGUCCCUGACCUCCCCGGUGCACAGCUGAGUGGGUGAUGAGUGGGGCCAGGCUUGCUGGGAUUGGACUGGGGAGGGUUAGGGGCAGGGCUGGACUUGGGAGGUGACUGAAGGAGCAGCCUGCUCAGAGCACAGUGGUCUGGGAUUGUCUGGGAAGUACAGGGCCAAGGAGGCUUGAUAUACAUGGUGGGGUGGCUUAUUCAAAUUUCUCCAUAAUGACUUCACUUUCCUCUUCCUCAGCAGCUGAGUGCAGGAAUCAAAAGCCCCUGUAAUUGAGGACUUCCCUCUCCCCCACUUCCUAGUGAAGGGUAGCAGAUAAGAGAGAGAAAAGGGGAGCAAAACGGUGCCUGGAAUAGGCACCAUUUGCCAGCACUGCGGGGUUGAAAAGCCUAUUCUCCAGCUGAGUGUAGAUACCCCCUUGAGCUCCCUGAGCUGGGAGCAAGUGAUCAGAGCAGAAACACUGUCCACGGUUGGCUCUGGAAUUUCCCACUCUCAUCAUAGCACCCCGAACCCAGACUAAACCCCCAGGGGAAUCCGUUGUGCACUCAAGAAUCCCCCUGCCAGUGUCUUGCUUCCCUGAGCCUGUCCUCUUUCCUGACCAUUCACUGAGCAGAGCUACCUCCUAGCUUCUCCCUCCCUAAGUUCAUUGGGAAUGAAAGGUGCAGGCUCCAGGGCUUGCUUGGUGGUUGGCAGAGAAGUCCUGCACCCUGUUGAUGACAUGUUCCUGAGGAAGGACACGUAACCUCUGGAAUUGGCACCGGUGUGGGAACCGUGAAAUGGAGACAGCUACUCCCACUGCUUUCAGGAACUGGAGAGCUGAGAGUGCAUUUGGAGCAUUACUGCUUAGCCAAGCUGUGACCCAGAAACAGCUGCUGCCAGGGUGGAGUCAGAUCUCACAGCCAACAGUGUUAGGACGCAAUAAGAUCACCAUGCUGCUGUGAGAAGUUUUUGGCUUUUCCUCUGGAACUGCGUUACAGGCGAAGUUUGCAGUUAGUCUCCUGCAGGGUCAGGAUCCCCCCCGAAGCAUCGUGUGCCAGCAUGAGAUUGGGACAGGAUCUCUGACCUCUGGCCACAAGGCACGGAGCCUGAGCAGUCUCCCAGAUCACAGCAGUGUGGGAGCCACAAAAGAGAGAGGGAGUCUGGGGUUUCCUUGUUUGCUGAAUGUCUUACGAGGACAGCAUUGGCACAGUCAAUGAACAGAGCAGUCUUCUGAGAGGCCAAGCUGACAGCAUGCAGCAGGGGUCAGAGGAGAGGAAAGGGAAGGGCAGGGGAGGGCAGUUCCUGCCAAGAGGGAAGAUUCCCUUUGCUAAGGACACGUGGGGCCUUGCUCUCCCCUCCCUGCUGCCCCCCACUGACGCUCUGGGAUCUCGCCCUGCAGCACAGAUGCCUUGCCCAUUGCUUAUCCUGGGCCUCCUGGUGCUUGCUCCAGCCGGCUCAGUGGACAUCCGGGUCCCCGAUGACCCUGUGAUUGCCCUCUUUGGUCGGAAUGCCAUCCUCCAUUGCUCUUUCUCGCCUGAUGCCAGCUUCAGCCUCACCGAGCUCAGCCUCAUCUGGCAGCUGACGGACACCAAGCGGUUGGUGCACAGCUUUGCCAGCGGGCAGGACCAGCUGGCCGACCAGGGCAGCGGUUAUGUCAACCGCACGGCCCUAUUCUAUGAGGAGCUGCCCCGGGGCAAUGUCUCGCUGCUGCUGCGGCGGGUGCAGAUCUCUGAUGAGGGAAGCUUCACCUGCUUUGUCCGGGUCCAUAGCUACAGCAGCGCGGCGGUGACGCUGCAGGUGGCCGCUUUGUAUUCCAAGCCCAACUUGAACCUGGAGCCCAGCAAGAACCUGAAGCCAGGGGACCUGGUGAUGGUGACCUGCCACACCUUCCGUGGCUACCCUGCAGCUACAGUGCUCUGGCAGGAUGGCCAGGGAAACAACAUCACAGAGAACGUCACCACCUCCCAGGUGGCCAAUGAGGAAGGGCUCUUUGAUGUGCAGAGCAUCCUCCGUGUGGUGCUGGAGCCCAACAGCACCUAUUCCUGCCUGGUGCGGAACCCUGUGCUGCAGCAAGAAACUCACGCCUCCGUUACCAUCACUGGGCAGCACCUCAGCUUCCCUGCCGUGGCUCUCUGGGUGACUGUGGGACUCGCUAUCUGCAUCUUGGGGCUGCUGGGCGCCUUGGCUUACGUGUGCCGGAAGAAAAUUCACCAGAGCUGCAAAGAAGAGGAAGAGAAUGCAGGGAUGGAGGAACAGAGUGAGGAUGAUGGAGAACCCAAGACAGCUUUGCAGCCUCUGAAGAGCAUAGAGAACAAAGAAGGUAACGAACAAGAAAUUGACUGACAGGAAGUGGAGGAGACACACAAACGAUGCCCCAUGCCACAGACUAGCAGACUGUCCUCUCGGACCAUUGUAGCCUUCUGGGAGAUGUCCUGUAGGAGACACCGAACAUCCCAUCCCCUGUGUCACCAUUGCUGCAUACCCUGGCCAUGAAGAACAUCAGUUUCAGCCUGUUUGCUCUGUUUGCUUCACUGUAACCAUCUUCCCCCCUCCCCCUCAACACAUAUACAGGGUAGAUGCGAUUGUGUCGCUAUGUAGUGCUCGCUUCCUCACAGGGCUGGAUAUACUUUAUUCCCAGGAGUUCUUGUCUUCCUGGCCCGUGCAGCCCAAAGGGGCCUGAUUCUCCAUUGUUCUGCACCUUGGGUGCUCACUUCCACCAGUGCAAAGUGGGUGCAUAGUGCUCCCAAUGGUGACCAUUUGCACUCACGCUGCCCCGGUGGAAAUGACUGCACAAGAUGCAGGGCAGUGGAGAGCUGGACCCAGUAUGUGAAGGGCUCCUUCCUGUAAGGUGAUUAACUUAGAGAUCAAUGGGUUUACUCUUGCAUUUAAAGUUAAGUAGGUGCUAAAGUGCUCUGCUGGAUGGGUUGGAAGGCUCGGUCCCUUGUGAGAUUGAACUCUCCCUGCACAGAAGGUGCAGCCAGCAGGAUCUGAGCAGCCAGGAGGGAUGCAGUGGAGACUCUUGUCCUAUGCCAAACAAGUGUGUGGUCAGGUGAGGUGGGUGAUGAGCUCCCCCCCAACCCCCCCCCCCCCAAUUUUUUUUAUCGAUGGUUAAGGGAGUUUGGUUAUCAGUGUCCCAUUACAGCACCAGCUCUUAGUGUCUUGGCCCUUAUAGCAUAUAACUAACACAACAGCCAGCUCUACGGCUUCAUGGAUGUCCCUCCUCCCCACUCCCAGCCAUCCUUCCCCCACUCUCACCACAGAUCAGGCUCCAGCUUAUUCCCAAACCCUAAAUUCAGCUUCUAAAGGGGGCGGGCAGGGGAGGGGAUGGAACCAGGUGUCUAUGUCUUUCAGAAGAUCCUAAAGGCAGAGGCUCUGAGUGUCCUUGUGCCCUCCUGUCUGCCUUUCCUCUCCUGCACCUGGUGCCUGAGGCUCAACCUCAACCACUUUCCUCCACUCAACCAAGGGGAGCCUGCUGAUCAUUGGACUGUCCUCCCCACAAAAUGCCUUCGUGGACAAGGUUCAACAGCCUCCAAGCAGCAGGCCUGUGGAGGUAGACAAUGGGCCCAAGAAGGUCUUUGAAGCUCCUUGGAGAUGGACAGUGGGUCCAGGUGACUGUAGAGAUGGAGAAUGGGCUAGUGCUGUUGUAGAGGCUCUGUGGGGAUGGAGCUCAUAGACUUGAGUGGAAGUGGUCCUUGGUUCUGGUCCUGGCUAUAGUGGAGGCACAGCUCCAGACGGCAUCUUGUUGUUAUCUUUAAUGUUGUACCACUGUCACCAGCAUGUGUCUUUUGCCAUAAGCCCCUGGAUCCAGAUCUGUCCCUGGCUUAAUUCCAUUGAGGUUGGUGGAGUUAUCCCAGGGGUUGGUUUGGCCCAGAAGAUUUUGUUGAGGCAGGAGGAGGAGAGGAAACUUCAUAGAUCUCACCCCCUUGCCCAGGAGUCAGGAAGUAUCUGUAACUGGAUGUUGUGCCUGCCUGGGCCAAGAGUGAGGAGGGAAACUUGCAGGUCAGAUGUAACCCUCAGCCACUAACUCCCAAGCUGCUUGCAUCCCUGCUGGAGAAGGGGAUGGGUGUGAGUGGAGGCAGAGAUGAAUUCUCUCAUCAUUUUUUACAUCCCUGGUUGGGAGGAAUGAUCCACAAUUUUCUGCAGCAAAGCUAUCCCCAUAUCCUGCUCUGUCCAUCGGAAAGCCUCCCCUGCAGCCUGGUUCCAGGGCUAGUCAGGCCAACGGCUCCACCUCAGCUGCCUGCGAGGAGCACUGUGAAGUUAAAAGGAAGUUCCCCCUCCCCCCAUGAUUGUAGCUCUCACACACUGGCCAGUCUGUUCCUGGGCAUCUGGUGGCCAUUUUGAAGCCAAGGUUUCCCGUGAGCUGAUGCCUCUAAAGUUUGUGUUUGAGGUCAGCAACUCUGAGGUGAAUGGAAAAUACCUGACUGAGCAGCAUGGAACCUCCCUGUGACCCUAAGCUUUUCCUGUCAGAAAGCUAGAGGCAAGAGGAAGCUAGUCUGUGAGAAUCUAAUGGGCCAUGGAGGCCCACAUGCCUUCUCAGUCCCACCCAUGGUUCAUUGGAAUCACUGGGCUUCUCAGCUGUGUCAAUGGGUGUGUGUGUGUGUGUGUGUGUGUGUGAUUAACUUCACUGGGGAUGCACUCAUGUAUCCCAGCUGAAGAGCUGAGGGGCUAGUAUAGGUGGUGGGAGUGGGGAGCACCUCCUAUCAUUAAAAUUUGCUGACACCUCCCUAUAUAAGACCCUGCUUUCAGUUGCUUUAUAACUUUGCCAAGCUUUAACCAUUUGGGUAGAUAUUUUCCAUGCCAGAGAUGUGCCUCAGGCUGAAUGCAUUUGGCAAAUUUCAGCCAGAAUGGCUUGGCUGUUUCUGAGAAUGAGGCUAAGGGAAAGUACAUUGUUUAGUCCAUGUUAAAAACAAUUUGGGCACCCUUUUCUUUGAGCAGCUUUAGCCCCCAUGCUUGGGAAUGGGGACUUGAAAUUUGGUGGGGGCAUGGCCUCUGUGUCAGGGAUGUGCCUGUUGCCACCCUGGUGAAAAUCUGCCCACAUUUGGUCAAGUUUCUUUUUAAAAUUGCAGUUUGCAUGUGCCCAGAGACUUCAGUUUUGCCAGCUAAAAUCUCUGAUUCCAUCCUCACUGAGCAUGCUGACCAGAUUGUGCAUGUGCCAUCCCCAAAGAGCAGCUCUGCAUGCUGCUGCUAGACUAGGGCUGCUGGGACAAAGCUGGACUUGCCCUGUGAUUGCUGCUGUAGGCCAGGUGUGGCUGGGCACUAGAGCUGAGGGCAGAGAGGCUCUCUCUUGUGCUCUCAGGAUCCAGGCACUUUGGCAGAGGAAGCUGUCUGAUGUGAGUGCAGAGGGGACAAAAGCUGGAUCGGGCCAUGGGAAGGAGUAAAUCGGUGACAUGGAAUCUAGCAAGCCUGGGGAUGCUGGGACCAGCUGGACAAGGAGGCUGUAGGGUGACCAGAUGUCCCGAUUUUAUAGGGACAGCCCUGAUUUUGGGGUCUUUUUCUUAUAUAGGGUCCU